GACGUCAUCACGCACAAGCCCCGCCCGCCGCGCUCAGUGCGCCAAGAUGGCGGCGGCGCCGCCGGAGGCCCCGUCCCGGCUCCGCUGCGUCCGGUAGCGCCGCCGGGAUGGGUCACGUGAUCUGCGCGGGGCUGGCGCUGCUGCUCUGCGGCAUCAGCCCCGCGGCGGCCAUGGCGGCGGGGGACGAGCGGCGCUCGGCGAGCCCCGUGUCCGCCGCGUGUUGGAGGGUGGAGGAGUUCGUGGUGGCUCAAGAGUGUUCGGCUUGUACCGGGUUCCAGAUGAAGACGGUGCCUGAGUGCAGCCCCACCGGCUUCGUGGAGCAAAUCAACUGCGCCGGCUCCAAGAGGGCCGAGUUCAAGAGCUGCCGUUCGGCUCUCCAGGACUCUCGCUCCUUCUGGCACUUCGUGGGCUCCUCUCUGGCUCUGGCAGCCGGAGCCUCCAUCCUGGUGCUCUGGCGCCAGCGGCUGCUGGACAGGAAGGCUCUGGAGAAGGUGCGCAAGCAAAUGGAGUCCAUCUGACGGCAUCCGGAGCAGCCAAUGGGAUCGGGAGCAGCCAAUGGGAUCAGGAGCAGCCAAUGGGAUUGGGAGGCUCCCAUUGGAUUGGGAGGCUCCCAUUGGAUUGGGAGGAUCCCAUUGGAUUGGGAGGAUCCCGUGGGAUUAGCAGCAAUAAAAACCCGGAGCCCCUGGAGCA